GACGAAUUUGUCUUCCAGAAUCCCAAAGAAUUUCGAUAAAGAAGAGUUCUACCACAAAUCCAUCCAUCAUGGCGAUCACCAAGAUCCACGCUCGCUCGGUCUACGAUUCCCGAGGUAACCCUACUGUUGAGGUUGAUCUCGUCACCGAGACUGGUCUGCACCGUGCCAUUGUUCCUUCAGGUGCUUCGACUGGACAACAUGAGGCUGUCGAGCUCCGUGAUGGAGAUAAGAGCAAAUGGGGUGGAAAGGGUGUCACCAAGGCUGUGGAGAACGUGAACUCUGUCAUCGCUCCUGCUCUUAUCAAGGAGAACCUUGAUGUUAAGGAUCAAUCUAAGAUUGACGAGUUCUUGAUCAAGCUCGAUGGAACUGCAAACAAGGGAAAGCUUGGUGCAAACGCUAUCCUUGGUGUCUCUCUUGCCGUUGCCAAGGCUGCUGCCGCUGAGAAGGGUAUCCCUCUCUAUGCCCACAUCUCCGACCUUGCCGGUACCAAGAAGCCCUAUGUUCUUCCUGUUCCCUUCAUGAACGUUCUCAAUGGAGGAUCCCACGCUGGUGGACGUUUGGCCUUCCAAGAGUUCAUGAUUGUGCCAUCUUCAGCACCAACUUUUAGCGAGGCUCUUCGUCAAGGCGCUGAGGUUUACCAAAUCCUCAAGUCCCUCGCCAAGAAGAAGUACGGUCAAUCCGCUGGCAAUGUUGGAGACGAGGGUGGUGUUGCACCUGAUAUUCAGACUGCUGAGGAGGCUCUCGAGCUCAUCACUGAGGCUAUCGAGUCCGCUGGCUACACUGGAAAGGUCCACAUCGCUAUGGAUGUUGCUUCGAGCGAAUUCUACAAGGAGGAUGCUAAGAAGUACGAUCUGGACUUCAAGAACCCAGAUAGUGACCCAGAGAAGUGGAUCACCUACGAGCAACUUGCAGACCAAUACAAGAAUCUCGCCAAGAAGUACCCCAUUGUCAGUAUCGAGGAUCCAUUCGCUGAGGAUGACUGGGAGGCCUGGAGCUACUUCUACAAGACUUCCGACUUCCAGAUUGUCGGAGAUGACUUGACUGUUACCAAUCCUCUCCGUAUCAAGAAGGCCAUCGAGCUCAAGUCUUGCAACGCUCUCUUGCUCAAGGUCAACCAAAUUGGUACCCUCACCGAGUCAAUCCAGGCCGCAAAGGACUCCUAUGCCGCUGGCUGGGGCGUCAUGGUUUCCCACCGUUCUGGAGAGACUGAGGAUGUUACCAUUGCUGACAUCGUUGUCGGAAUCCGAGCUGGACAAAUCAAGACUGGUGCUCCAGCUAGAUCUGAGCGAUUGGCCAAGUUGAACCAAAUCCUAAGAAUCGAAGAGGAACUCGGUGACAAGGCUAUCUACGCUGGCGAGAAAUUCAGAUCUGCGGUUAACUUGUAAAGAAUUCUGCAAAUGCGGAAAGGGACUCCUCGAAUAACGAAUGGCU